AUGACGAACCACUACAAGCCCGAGCUCGUGAAAUUCAUGCCCUAUAAGGACAACGUCUCCUAUAGGAAGGACCGCACGUUCACAGUGGACGAGCUCCUACGUAUAACUCCAGAGGACCUGUGUCGUUGGAUGAACGAGCAGACGUACGGAGAUCCAGAGCCAAGUGAUGAUAUGAGGACCAUGCAUCGCCGCUCGACAAUCCUUGAGUUCACGAAGAAGGCUACUUCGUCGUUCAUGCCACGCAUAAAUUUGACAUGGGGUCCAGUAACGGAGCGUGGAAACCCUACCCGGUCUGACGUCGUGAAUAAGUUGAUCAAGGGGGUUAAGAACUUCAAGGUUCGACGAGAAGGAUCUGAGUUCAAAGCCCGCUGGCCUGUGGAGUUGACGAAUUCAUGA